AGUGUGGCUGCAUGCUUUCAUCUGUUAAUUAAAGGCUUUGGGAAGCAAAAGGACUCACCUCGUCUCACUGUAAGCACUGGUCCUCCAGAGUAUUGGAAUCUCCUGGAAUUAGUAUUGAUCUCUAUUCAGGGUGUUGUGAGUGAAUCUACGUGAGACGUCUAUCAGGCCUCGUCUGACCCCAUUCUACUGCUCUGUAAAUUGCUCCUCUCCUGCCUCAGCCUCUGGGCCAUGGUACAUCAGAGUGUAGCAGCUACAACAUGAGUGUAACUCCAUCCACCACCCUGGACAGCCAACUGACCACUACCUGGGGCCCCACAAACUCCUACUCUGAUGUUUCGAUGGUGAUGUCUGGUUACACGAGUCGCCUGUGGCCUCGUGACACCCAGCCUCAGUUCUGGAGUAAGUACCAGGUGUGGGAGUGGCUGCAGCAGGUCAUGGACAUGCACCAGAUCGAUGCCUCCAGCAUUCCCUUCCAAAACUUUGAUAUGGACGGCCAACAGCUCUGCAGCCUGAGCUACCAGGACUUCAUCCAUGCUGCCGGCAGCGUGGGACCCAUUCUCUUCCACAGCAUCACAGAGCUCAAGUGGAGCGGGCAGUACCAUGUGGAAAUAGGGCAACUGGAACUCAAACCAGAACUAGACUUCUCCUGUCCAUUUCCAGACGUCAGCUAUCCACCUGGAGAAAUCUACGAUCCUUCAAUUCACUCCCUCGCUCCUGUUGCCUCUCCCACUCCUUCCAGCCCUGAUAUCAAAAGGUCUUUCAAUCGUCAGGUCAAAAAACACAACCCAAGGGGCACCCACUUGUGGGAGUUCAUCAGAGACAUUCUGCUGAACCCAGAGCGAAACCCGGGGCUGAUCAAAUGGGAGGAUCGGACAGAGGGGGUUUUCCGCUUCCUUAAGUCAGAGGCAGUGGCGCAGUUAUGGGGCAAGAAGAAGAAUAACAGCAGCAUGACUUACGAGAAACUAAGCCGGGCAAUGAGAUAUUACUACAAAAGAGAAAUCCUAGAGCGAGUAGACGGGCGCAGACUGGUUUACAAGUUUGGAAGGAACGCGCGAGGAUGGAGGGAGUCAGACAAGUGACAAUUUCAUUAAUUUAUGUUUCCUUUGAUGUCGAACGCAAAUGUGAUGUUUUAUUGUAGUUUUUAUUGAUCGUGUUUUAUAGAGAUAUGUUUAAACUGUUUACACAUUGUUGACGAGGAGUCUGUUUGUAUUGUUUUUUCCUUUAAACUCAUCCCUUUGUUGUGACACUGCACUGAGAUGUUCCUUACUGUGCCUUAUUAAAAAAAAAAAAAAAAAAAAAA